AUGUCCCGAUGUCUUUCAAUUGUCUCAAUAGCCUACGAAAACUCAGGGUGCCUAUGUGGUAGACCGCAUGAUGCUUUUAAGUACCUUAAGGAACAUGAUGGUUUAGCGUCAGGCAGGUCGUACCCAUACACGGGUGUGUCAACUGGGGAGACAUGUUUGGCCUCAACCAUGCCCAAAGUGGCAUCAAUGGCCAGUUACACUAUGAUCAAUAAUGAACAAAGUUUAUUGAACGCGGUGGCGACCGUCGGGACUGUGGUGGUGGCCAUUAACAAUGCCAGCCAAGAAUUAACCAAUUACAAAAGUGGCAUUUUAGAUGUGCCCGAUUGUGGCAAUUCGCCGGCCGAAUGGUUUCUAGUGGUCGGCUAUGGCGCUGAAAAUGGAGUCGAUUUUUGGUCACUGCAAUCCUCGCGGGGCGUCGGGUGGGGCGAACAAGGUUACCUCCGUUUGGUACGUGGUAAAAAUAUGUGCGGCGUUGCCGACUGGGCAUCCUAUGCCGUUGCUAAAUAA